AUCUAAUGUUCUCUACCCAGACAGCUUCCUUUUCGACCGGCCUCAAAACAUGUAACCUUGGCCACAUAUGGUCGUCUUUAUUUCCAACAGGACCGAAUUAACAAGAUUCUGUGCCCUUGUUCCUUUGUUUAACACUUAGCUUAAAUAUUCCUGUCAUAUAGGGUUCAAAGCUACAAUAAUAGCCUUAUCUCAUCUUAUCCUUAGCCAAGCUAGAAUCUCUAAUGGGUGAACACAUGAAUAAAGCUAUGCAGGAAAAGCCAAUCUUAAUAGGUCUUGAAGAUUUGUACCAAGGAAUCCCUGAUGAAUCCGUUAACCUCACUUUUCAACACCUGGCUGAAGUGAAAACAUCGGAUAAGAGAAAACUCACAACAACACCUUCACGCUCAAUAGCAAAACUACCUAGUCUUGAUUUCACCAAAGGCUUGCAAGCUUCUAAUCAACAACACCAUCUACAAGACUUUGGCCAUGGUGAAUCGCCAUUGGGUCAUUCUGGUCAUUUUAUUAGCGAUGCAAGUGGUGGUGCACAAAGACAAAGUCCUCGACUCAAGCCUAGCGGAGAUGAUGAUCAUUUGGGGCAUGGCAUGAGCUUUGAUGGUGUGAGUGUUGCUUCAGGAAGAGGUAGUCGACGGCGCCGACCCGGGAUUCCUCACUCUAAGAUUUGCGCAAUUUGUAAUACCUAUGUUUAUAUCUUCCGGACUAGAUGCCUGGUAUGUGGCAGGGUUUAUUGCAGGCAAUGUGCAGAAAGAGGAAUGGGGGAGAUGAUAGAAGGAAGAAAGUGUAUUGAGUGUCUUGGAUUGAGAUUCAGCCAAAGGUAUAUAGAAAGAGCAGGGAAGGUAGGGUGUUGUAGUUGGAGGUAUCCAAAUACACUGAAACAGGCUGAGCUCAAGUGUGCAGAGAAAGGACCAAGGAAGAGCGUAAGGCAUGGUCAUAGUGGAAUGGCAAACUCAAGAUCACGAAGUCCUAUUAGCCCCAGAAGGACUCAUAAUGCUAUUGGUAGCAAUGAACACUCUUUUGUCAUGUCCUCAUCCUUUUCUCCUUUCUCGCCUCAUUACAACCUCCCUAUAUAAAAAGAGUGAUAUAAUUUAUAAUUGUAAACGAUAUAUAUAUCCUAUAGCUGGAUCAGUGCCUCGGGAGAAUAUGUUUUCACAUUUUGUUUUGUUUAACUUUAUUUUAUGUUUUUAAUUUAAUUUGUUGAUUCAGAUUAAUUGAGAGCUUAAUAUGUCUUUUUUCUCCA